AUGUCUACCCCCAGCCGGGACCCUCCGGUCAACUCUCCACCCUCCGCCGGUGUGCCACCGAGAUCCAGUUUUGACACCCAGUCACCCACGGGCAACUCAAGGACCCCUUCCCUGCGCAUCCCCUCCAUGCCCAGUGCAGCCGCACAGCACCGUCAAAGCUUCCAUGAAUUGCGAGGCCUCCCUCCAUCACCUCGUUCCCAAAGACAGCCUUCUCUAUCACAAAUCGCUCUGCAAGACCUCAUUGAUAACCCCCCAAUGAACCACCCAGAUCCAAAGUUCGCCGGCCGAGACUGGCAAACCGUCAAGGUCAAUGAGUUGGCCAAUCCUGAUGACCUCAAGUUUGUAGAUAUUGAUACCGGUGUCGAGGCUGCAACAAAGUUGCUCAUUGAAUCUGGUGCCCCCGUUGUCCUCAUACGUGAAACAGAGGGUUCCCCCGUCAUUGGGACCUUUGACGCCAGAGACCUUAAUGCCUACUUGCUGCUCGUUGUGGGCCUGUCAAAACCCGACGAUGAACAUGCGGAAGAUUUCCUUCAGUUGGCCAGGAGAGCACGAGAAGGGAAACCCAUUCCACUGAGAGAGAUCCAAGAUCUAAGCAAGAAGGAGCCCUUGACAUUCCUUGACGAAAAUGCCGACCUGAUCAAGGCCAUCGAGACUUUCGGAAAAGGCGUACACCGAGCAGUGGUCAGGAACCAAGAGACUGGUAAAGUUACGGGUGUUCUCAGUCAGAGUCGUUUGAUCAGGUUUCUGUGGGAGAACGGUCGCAGCUUUCCCGUGCUUGAGCAACUCUAUACCCAACACCUGCGCGAUCUCAAGAUUGGCUCCAAUGAUGUUAUCUCUAUCAACGGCGACCGGCCUUUGGCAGAAGCCCUGACUCUCCUAUUAAACGAGGGAAUUUCCUCACUCGCUGUGGUAGAUCACAACCACAACGUUGUGGGAAACAUCUCCAAUGUCGACGUCAAGCUUCUCACCAAAUCCUCCUCUCUCCCUCUCCUGCGAAACACCUGCAUUCACUUCAUCACCGUUAUUCUAUCCACUCGGGGCAUGUUUGAAGGGAAAGAUUCCUUUCCUGUCUUCCAUGUCACCCCUCUCUCCACGCUUGCCCAUACAGUUGCCAAACUCGUAGCCACAAAAUCCCAUCGGAUGUGGAUCACCGAACCUAUUUCGCCUGGCUCGUCCGGCCCACCAACUCCCUCUCUUCACUCUGCCACCCUAGUACCAACCUCGAGCCACUCCUCCUUCUCACCCGGAAGUGGUCAACACCAUAUGACUCCGCCUCUUGCCGCUUCGGCACCCCCUGCCCCCGACCCAUUCGCGGCGACGAUUGCCGAUAAUUCGCCUAAAACACCUUUCAUCACACCGACAGGCCCCUCGGUAUCUGCAUCUGCUUUACCUGGCGCGCGGAUAUCCGGUCGUCUUGUCGGUGUUGUGAGUCUGACGGAUAUUCUGAUCCUCUUUGCCCGCGCUGGUGGUCUCAAUGUUGCAGAUCCCAUCGAUAUCCGCAAUCGACGAAGGCGAAGUAGCUCCAGUAGCGUGCGCAAGAGUUUAGACCUGGGUCAAAGACCACAGGGCAACUCACUGAGACCAAGCGGAGAAUUGGCACGAAAGAGUAGUCAUGCAGGGAGUCUCAACGGCUAG